UUCCCUCUUCUUCCCGUCCCGCUCACCAUUUCCCAAUUUCCCAUUGGUUCGUUUUUCUGAAAAAGGAGAAGACGGCGAAAAGAGCGGCUGCUAAUAAUGGUAGGAGGCAACACAUUUGCCAAGACCAUUUGUUCAAUCUGCUAUGAGGAUCUCAAACCUGUAGUCGAAGACCUUCAAUCCAUUUCUCUUUGCGGCCAUGUUUUUCACGAGCUCUGUCUGCAGCAAUGGUUUGAGUAUUGUACAAAUGGAAAGAAGAAGAAUUGUCCAGUUUGCAAACAGACUUGUACAGAGAAAAACACACAUAGGCUUUUUUUUCAAUCAGUUGGUGAUCCAAAUGAUCCUAGUUUUUCCCAGCAACCACAUGACUUUGAAGGGGGGACUUCCUGUGAAUUACAAAAUGAGGUCAAAAGGUUAGAGGGGAAAGUCUUAAAACUGGCUUCUACUCUGGAACAGCAACAGAAAGAUCUCAAAGAAGUUAAUGUUGAGUUGUUCAGUUGCAAAGAGCAGUUGAAAGUAGAAGUGGCUCUAAAGAAUGAAGCUAAAAAACAGAAGACAGCCAGUCAGCAGUUACUUCAUGUAAAAUCUCAGGAGCUAGAUCAAUCAACCUUGGAAUGCAGACGACUGCAAGAAAGAAGUAUGGCCCUAGCUAAGGAGCUUGCAGCACUCAAGCUAGUCUGUGAUGUGAACUUGGGGGAAGAAGAAGUCCUGAAGCUUGCUUCAUUGGGUAAUGAGGCCAACAGUAAAGAGACAAUUGACGUCUUGAAAAAGUCACUGGUCAUCCGUAACAAGUAA